AUGAGUACACUCAAUGAGUACACUCAAUGGUUUAUUGCUCUUUCGGUGCUUUGCCCAUCUUCUAGAGGCUUUGACGCAACUGUCGAUGCUCAUGCAAGAAUUGCUCGAGAAUUUUCUUCUUUUCAGCUCAAUUACUUGUUUGUAUAUUUCCUUAUAACAGCUGGAGACUGGUUACAGGGACCAUAUUUAUACGCUUUAUACAAAUCGUAUGAAUUUUCUCUAACACAGAUUGCAACGCUCUACGUCACUGGAUUCGUAUCAAGUGGACUUAUAGGAACGUUCAUUGGAUCGGCUGCUGACAAGUAG